AUGAUCUUCAAUACAAACAAACAUAAAAACGAUACAAUUUUCAGUCCUGUGUCGUCAAAAUUUAACAUAGAUGGAGACAUAUUCUACUUUGAUAAUGAUGUUCUUAUUUCAACAUAUACUUCUGUUAAUGUUGAAGACUAUCCUCCACUAUUACACAGUAAUACUGUAGAAACAAAAUUACCAGGUAUAGAUAAUACAAACAAAAAGUCCUUGGUUGUUCAUAAUAAUCAAUUACCAGAUAAUCUAAUUUGCGAUUCGAACCAAUCUUCAAUCAUAUUACCUGAAAAUGACUCUAAAUCAUCAAUUCCCAGCACUCAAUCUCAAUCAACAAAUUAUUUCCCAGAACAAGAGGAACUACAAGGUUAUACAUUAGUUGAGAAAAUUGGUGAAGGUGCAUUUGCAAAAGUAUUCAGAGCUAUCCCCAAUAAAUAUGAACGCAAUUCUUAUCUUUUAAAAAAUUAUAGUGAAGUAGCUAUAAAAGUCGCUAGAAAGGAAGCAUUUUUUAAUAAUAACAAUAACAAUGAUGACGUCUCCUGUGGUUAUAAAACAGGAAUGAGAUAUUAUUGCCCCGAACACCGUCGAUACCAUCAUCAUCGACAUAAUCACAUGGAAAAGUAUAUAGAAGCAAAUAAGUCGAAACAGUUGAAAAUAAGCCGAUGGGAGGAUAUUCAAGCAGAAGUUUUAAUCCAUAAGAGUAUUUCUCCUGGAUGCGAACAUAUAGUAGAUUUUAUUGAUUUUCAAGAGAGUUCUUCCUAUUAUUAUAUCAUUUUAGAGAAAGUAAAUGGGGGCGAUGUUUUUAACCAACUAUUAAAAUAUACUUAUUUCUCUGAAGACUUGACACGUCAUAUAAUUCAUCAACUAGCCAUCGCUAUCAAACACUUACAUCAAGUAGGAGUAGCUCAUAGGGACAUAAAAUUGGAAAAUAUUUUAUUUGAGUCCAUAGAUUAUACCCCAUCAAAAAUACCAUACUAUAGAAAAUCAGAUAAUAAGGAUACAAAAAUUGAUGAAGGCGAAUUUAUUAAGGGAAAGGGCGGUGCUGGAAUUGGACGUAUAAAAUUAGCUGACUUUGGACUAUCCAAAAGAAUUACUAUGAAUGGUACCACCACACCAUGUGGAACCUUGGAUUAUAGCGCUCCAGAAAUGCUUAUUAAAAAUCAGUAUUCUACAAAAGUGGACAUGUGGGGGGUUGGAUGUGUAUUAUACACCUUACUCUGUGGGUUCACACCAUUUUAUGAAGAGAAUACUGAAAAAUUGAAAAAGAAAAUUUGUGAAGGUAAGUAUAUUUUUUUAGAACCAUGGUGGGAUGAAAUAAGUUUAGAGGCCAAAAGAUUAGUAUCCAAAUUAUUAGAAACUGAUCCAAACAAGAGGUAUGACAUUGAUGAGUUAUUAAAUGAUCCUUGGUUAACUAACUAUGAUUGCGACAAAAAUAAAUCACAAUCAAGACCAAAUUUUUCUAAUACUGUUUUUGAAAGGAAUAAAAAAUCAAUAUUAUAUGACAAUAAGAUGUCUGUGGCAGAAAAAUCAUAUUUAUUGCAUCCUACAUUUUCAAAAAAUAAUGACAUUCAAAGGUCAAGACAAAACAAUAUUAAUACUGACUUAGCCACCGGAUUUUUUAUCAAACCUAAGCAAUUAAUACAAUCAAAACUUCAAAGAGGAAUGUUUAUUACACCGAAUCUAAAUCUGAGUCCAAAUUUAAAAUUAAAUCUACAUACUUCCACAAUUUUUAAAAGAAGAAGGAGUAAGAUAUUACAUAUAAAAGAAAAACUUAAUCCAUGGUCAAAGCAUACCCAACGACAAAGACAUGAAAAUUAUACGAAUAUUUCUUGA